AUGGGCAAUCUUCAGGUAAAUACUUGAUUGGCUAGAAGGAAGUUUUCAUGGGUGAAAUUUUCUGUUCGGCGCCCAGUUGUUGGCGACUGCGUUGUGGUCUUCGGCCGUCGUGUACGGCGUCUUUCGUUUCCUCGUCAACAAGGUCCGCCGUUGAGAUUCACGGCGAACGAUUGUGAAAUUAUCCCGGGAAAGACGUGAAUGAUGACAAGUAGAGAUCAGGCGCUAGAAUAUAGUCAGAACAAACUUAUAUUGAUAAAGUGGAACGUCGCGUUUGAUUUCAUCCUUCUGUUCUCAAAGAAAUGGGACUCUCUUCAAAGGUGCUUGGUAAUUACGUUUUUUUGGAUUACAUUCAUGUUUUCUUUGUUCUCAAGACCUUCGGUUUGAGUAGUCGCAAGAGCUUAAAACUACUAUAAAAGUGACUGAGCUUUGAAGUUUCGAAAAAAAAAAAUAAAACAAAGCAAAAUGUCGUAGAAAGACUUUAUUGCUUCAAAGAAUUUUUUCUAAAGUAGGGGAAGUGUUUCAUCACCAAAAACGAGCUUCAAGUAGUUCAUUAAUCAAUUUCUUCAUAAAUAAACGUUGAAAUUUUUUCUAGACUGGUUUUUCAAAAGCCAUACAAAUCUUUGACUGAUUUAGAAAAAAAAAAUUGAAAGUGUGUCGCCCAGUUAAAGAAAUCUGCAUUAUUAAACCUACUGGAGCUUUAAUCAUAAGAAAUAUCAAAAAAAAAAUCUAGCCAAUUGUUGUGCCCGCAGGUGGCCAGUGAAGACGUUAUAGUAGAAGAUUUAUUAGUAACAAGAAACUAGACUAUGCUAGCCCGUUUACAAUAACAAACAAGGGGUUAUAUAGUGCUGAGGGAAGAGAUCCCGAAGAUUAUGGAAUGUUCCCGAAUAAAGGUGGAGUUUAGAUAGUAUUGAGAUUAGAGUAAAAUAUGGAACAUUCCAGAGUUUUAGAGAUCUGUCCCGGAAGCAUUAGAACAUUCGAGAACAAUGUGGAACCUUCUAGAAAGGUAGAGAACAAAUGAGAAGAUUGUGGAACUUUCUAGAAGGGAAACCUUUACACAUGAUCCCUAUGACGUAAUGAGACUAGAAAUGUAUGGAAAACUAUAGAACAUUCUAGAAUCAGCUUAAUAUAAGCGUUAUGCUCCAACACCAAUUAAAUUCAGUUUUUCCGUUUAAGCUAGAAUAUAACUGAAAAAUCCUCACUCAGUUAACAUUUUCUUCGAGAAACUCAAAAAUUUGCAGCCUUGGGGCGUUCGAUCUGAAUACCGCCGUGCACUAGACAGGUUCAAAGAAAAACGCGAGGCCGGAUUCAAAGAUUUCCGUCAACGUGUCGAGGAGUUCAAACUCAGCAAUGGGUUUUCCAUUUCCGACUGUUCCUCUUUCAUAACUUUGUUCAGCGACGGUUUCCCGGAAUCUGCAGAAUCCAUUGAGGAAAGGCUUACCGAGAUCGUUUCGCUCACUUUCUUCGAACUCCGAGGUUUAUUUCACGUUUCCGAAACUAGCUUUGAAGGAAUAAUAGUUGUAUCCUUGUAUUGGCCUUGAAAAAAUCUGAGAAAAAAAAAGAUCUUUUCAAAAGAAUGACUUUUAAAGUUGACAUCUGACGCGAUUCGGAGUUUUUGCAACUUUUUAAAGUACGAGAACUCGAAAUGCAGUUAUAUGUGUUUUGUUUAUAACUUUUCAAAAGCUUUUUUCGAUUUCAUAAGAGCGAAAAUUUGCAGAGAAGCUGCAGUCGGAUGAGUUGAACGCAGUGACUGUCUUGACGGCCUACGUGAAAAAAGCCCUGGAAGUCAACGACAGAAUCAAUUGCUGCACUGAAGUCCUUUCUGAGGUUCUAUCUUUCGAAAACCCUCAGUUGAAAGUCAUUUCCAGGCAUUCGACAUGGCAGAAGCUGCCGAUGAAAAAUGGGCGAAAUCAACACGGAAGCCGCCUCUUUACGGCAUUCCCUUCAGUGUCAAGUCCAACUUCUACGUUUCAUCUAUUUUUUGUGUCUGAAUAACUUCUGUCGUUCAGAUGAAGAACUACGACUGCACGGUCGGCGUCGCCAAACUCCUUGACGACCCGAAAACCGAAAAUUGUCCUUUCAUCGAACAUCUCAUCAACCUUGGCGGGGUUUUCAGUUCGGAAUGAUUCUUUACUGAAUUUUCUAUUUUCAGAUUCCGUUCGUUCUGACCAACGUUCCCCAAGGACUGCUGUCCUAUGUUUGUUCCAACACCGUCUAUGGCACCACACUCAAUCCUUUGGAUUUGACUAGGUUAGAUUUUGAAUAGUAUUGAACUUUUGAAAAAGUACAGAGUUUUCGUGAAUAGGAAAUGCGACUUGAAAAACUAAUCAAUCUUUUGCAAUAUUUUAAUUUAUUUGGUAUUCCCAGCUUACAUACUUCUAAGGUCCGCAAAAAAGCAGAAAACAAAAAAAAAGAGUAUGAGGUGGAUAACCUCACAAUGACUAAUAAUUAGAAAGAAUAUGUGGAAUUUUUGCAACCUUGUUUCGAAGAUUUCUUGAAAACUGAAUUUAAAAAACGGAAGUUUGAUUUGUUUUUAUCACAAAGCAAAUUUGAAGAGUUCCUGGUGGAUCUUCCGGUGGAGAGGCGGCUCUGUUGGCCGGUGGCGGGAGCGUUUUUGGAACCGGAUCUGACCUCGCUGGAAGUUUGCGAAUCCCAGCCUCCAUGUGCGGCCUGACCACUCUGAAACCAACUCAAGGUGAUCCCAAAUGGUCGAAAAAGCUCAGAGAUGAGAUAGAGCUUCAUGCGAUCCUAUGUUUCUCACUUCAUAAACCCAAUCGCAAGAGAAAAAGUUUUGCCAACUUUUUGAGGAGGCGGUUUGUCGGCUAUUUGUUCGGACGUAAUAUUUUGACGUCGAUUUGGUUUUUUUUCUGUAUAUUCCAGCUCUUUAUUUUUCCCCUAUAUGCUAAAUUUAUCUUUGAUGAUAAUAUGAUUACUUCAAAAGUUUCCAGAUCGUUUCGUUGUCAAUAAAAUCCACGCCGGUAUGCCUGGCCGCGGUCGACUUGGACUCAGCUUUGGAUUUUUCACCAGAACCGUCGAGGAACAGGUUUUGUUCAGUUUUGCAAUAAAAUCUAACCGAACCAAUCAAGAUCUUCCUGUUGAGUCUGAUUGUCGGUGAUGAGGCCUACCGUCAGCUGGUCCCACAGUCUCCACCGGCUCCGUUGUCCCUAGAGGUUCCACUUAAAAUAUUCCAUCGAUCACUUCAUAAAAUUGAGAAAACGCGUCUCAAACGUCCUAUUGUUUUCGGUUAUUACGAUUUCGACGGCUUCUGUCCACCUGUUCCAUCGUCAGUUUUCCUCUCCUUUUCCAAAAACUUCUUGUGAAAGCCGAAAAAAACUCUGUCCCUUGCAUUUCUUACCGGAUAUCUUCGAAAAAUCAAAAAGAAGACAUAAAAUCAAUUUCAAGUCAAGCUUGAAACUUUGAUUGAUUAUUCGAUUUCAGUAAAUUUUUUUUCACGAAAGUCAGACUGAUAUUAAAAUAUGUCAAUCGCAUUUCUCAGAAUCUCUGCGGGGCAUGCUUUUGAUUGAAAAACGUUGAAGCCGUUCUUAAACAAAGUUAUUUUUCCAGAAAAGAAAAACUUCAAAAAUGGAAAAGAUUAUGCAUCACAUUGAUUAUUCUGAUUGAAGACACAAGCGAGUGGUUUUGGAGACGGUCGAGCGACUGAAGAGCCACGGACACGUCGUUGUCAAGUUUGUCGUCCCUGAGCAUGAACUCGCCGCAAAACUCUUCUACAAGGUGAGAUGUUCAUUUAUUCUUCUUCUCCUCAAGCCUUUCUACCGCUUGAGUGACGUUGGAACAAGUUCAUAUACUGAUACCAGAGAUAAUCAGUUUAAUGGCUCUAGUGACCUAACCGUCUUUGUGUGUGACGACCAGAGAUUGUGAAGUCUUGGUUUCCCACUACCAACAUUUGUUAAACCCUUUGGUUGGGUCGAGACUGAGAUCGAACUUGUGACCCCAAAAACAGGAAGACAACCUGUUGCGCUACGACGCGCCCCGUUUACGUUCUAUUUUAAAUUUUCCAACAAAUAGGAAAUUUGGAAAAUUUUGGCGUUUUCAGAACAUCAUGCUGGACAACGGAGCUUACAUGCGGGGUGUUUACGAAAACGAGGACAUCGAUUCGAAUAUGACUCAGUUUGUCACCUUGCUCAAGGUUUUUCUUUUCAAAAAUUACCCUUUUCCUUUUUGGAAAAGCCUUAAAUCUCAAUAAUAGGAAAAAAAAACUGUUUUGAAGCUUUUUUUGAGUUUUUUCUUUUGCGAAAUAGAGAGUUAAAAUUUAUAAUAAUCAGAAAAGUCUUCUCAUUCAUUAAUACUUCCUCAAACUGUGCCGAAGAGGGCUUUUUUCUUCAAUUUUUUGACUCUAUUGAAGCUUGUCAUUGGCUGCAGACGCCGAGAAUACUCCGUUGGAUCGCUUCGAAACUGCUGGCGCCGUUCAGCUCGCAGAUGUCGUUGAUCAGCGCCUCCUACAUGGGAGAUCUAGAAGACGUUCGCUACACGCAGGAACUCACCGACAAUUACAGAGAAACUGUUCAUUUCAGUGGAAAUAUAUGGUUGAACGUCAAUUUUGCAGUUUAUCGAUUACUGGAAGACCCUCGGCAUCGAUGCACUCAUCUGUCCAGCUUUCAUUGGUGAUUAAUUUGCUUCCUUUCUAGUUUUUAUUGAGAUCUUUGUAUAAUUAGUUGGAAAUCCUGUUCAUAUGCAUCAUUUCAGCUCCCACUGAUCUUCAUUUAAUGAAUCGUAGGAAAAAAAAAAUUUAUCCUGGAAUAUCCAGAGUCAAAGUCAUUUUUUGAGAGUGAAGCAGUUUUGCGGAGCUCCAAGUAUUUUUUUUUGGUCAGACUCGAUGUGGAAAGCUCAGAAAUAAUUUUUAUCAACUUUCUCGUUUCAGUUCCGGCUGUGCCGCACCGUUUCCCGGCUAAAGUGACCACGGCCGGCUUUGCCACAGGUCUGUUCAACUUGUUGGAUUUCCCGGCAGGCGUUGUUCCAACUGGCACGGUCACCAAGCAGGACGACGUCGACCUCCUUGACGAAAGGAAGUUCCCCAUCGGUACUCGUCUGUCAUGAGAAGCCGUGGAUUCGAGUGACUUGCAGCUCGAAACCCGAUUCUGAAGAUGCAACGGGAUGCGGCGACGACUUCUGUCGGCCUUCCCUGCUCCGUCCAAUGCGUCGCGCUUCCCUUUGAAGAGGAACUCUGUCUUCACGCCAUGCAAUGUGUCGAAAAUCUGUGGAAAAGCGUCUAA